AUGGAUGGACCGGCUGGUAGUGGAAAAACGUUUACAUAUAAUUAUUUGAUUGCUGAAACCAGAAGUAGAGGUAUUAAAUCUGCUACAGCUGCAUGGACUGGCAUAGCAGUAACUCUUCUUACAAAUGGAUCUACAUUGCAUGGCUUAUUCAAACUUCCUGUUCCAAUAUUAGAUAACAGCACAUGUAAUGUAACUCCAAACUCUAUACAUGGACACUUUUUAAGUCAGGCUAGUUUGUUUUUGCUUGAUGAAACAUCCAUGAUACCCAAACAUGCAUUGAAUGCAAUUGAUAGGUUAUUAAAAGAUGUUUGCAACAACAACUUUCCAUUUGAAGGAAAAGUCAUUCUUUUUGGAGGCGACUUUAGACAAAUACUGCCUGUUGUGAAAAGAGAACAACCAGCUGAAGUCGUAGAAGCAUGUAUAAAAUGUUCUUUACAUUGGCAAUGGGUGCAGAAGUUUAAGUUAACAGAAAGUAUGAGAGUACAUGAUGGGGAAAGGGAAUUUUCAAAUUGGCUGUUGAGACUUGGUAGUGGAACUAUAUUUGGAGAUGCCGAACAAGACGGUUAUGCUAAACGUGUCAUUUUGACACCAACUAAUGUGGAUUCACUAUCAAUCAAUGAGGAAGUGCUUCAACGUCUACCGGGUGAGGUCAAAACUUAUUUAAGUGCUGAUCAAGUUGAGACUGACAAUCUUAAUGAAAGAAAUAACUUUCCUGUUGAGUUUUUAAAUAGCUUAAUUCCCUCAGAUUUCAAAGCUGGGUUAUGCAAUGGCACUCGAAUGAAAGUUUGUGCUCUUCAAAAUAAUUAUAUUGAUGCAGAGGUUUUGACAGGUGUUUCUGCUGGUAAACGGGUAUUUGUACCUCGAAUUCAUUUGGCUCCGUCAGAUUCUAAUUUACCUUUUGUUCUAAAACGUCGCCAGUUUCCUGUCAGAUUGGCAUAUUCAAUGACAAUUAAUAAAAGUCAAGGUCAAACAUUUGAUAGAGUUGGUGUAUAUCUAAAGAAACCGUGUUUCACUCAUGUAAUUAUAUUUGUCUUUAUACAUGUUUGUAAUUGUUAUAUGUGUUAUGUAAGUGUUAUAUUUAUUUUAUGUGUUAGUUGUUAUUUAAAUUGUUCAUGUAAUACUUGGGCUAUAUGUGUUAUCAAGGUUAUGUGUUUAGGACACCAUGUGACGUAUUUAUGCGAUACAGGAGAACACAAAUAA